CAUUUUGGCAUAAUCCAUUAAUCCUUACACCAUGCCUAGGAGCAAAGUGAAGCUUGCUUUCAUAGAAAACAAGAAGGCAAGGAAAAGCUCCUUCAUGAAAAGAAAGGAAUGCCUGAAGAACAAGCUGAAGGAGCUGUGCACCCUAUGCGGCAUCGAGGCAUGCGCCAUCAUUUAUAGCUCAUACGAACCUGGACUCGAGGUGUGGCCCGAAGACAACACUGCUUUCCAAAAUGUGUUGAACGAGUUCCUUACGAAAUUACCCAUGGAGAGGAACAAGUUUAUGUCCAACCAGGAUAGCUACAUUAAAGAAAGGAUCAGCAAGGUCGACGGUCAGAUCAAGAAGCAGAUCGUGAUGACCCGGGAUUUUGUGAAGGCCAAGUUGAUGUCGGAAUGCUUGAGUGGUAAAGUCUCACUUGCUGGCUUGAACUCAAAAGAUUUGAAUAAUCUUGGGUCAUUCGCUGGUCAUAAACUCCCAGAAAUUGAGGAGAGGAUUAAGGUUCUCAAAAGUGAUGCCCCUGCAUCACAGUUGCAACUACCAGAACCGAAGGAAGUUGUGGGUUGUAGCGACAAUGCUAGCCAUAUGGCGGCUGCAGAAACAAAUGUCGAUUGCUAUGUACCAGUGAUGGAAAACACUGGUUGGUACCCGCCUGACUGGACUAGUGAUCAUGUGGAGCAUGGUUUGGAUCCAGUUCCAGGGCUCAACAUGAUGAACCCAUUUCCUGAUGACCCCAUUUUUUCGUGGUCUGAUGCAUACAUUCCGAAGAAAACAGGUUAACAUCUCUUUUUGUCUGAGGGUUCUAAAGAUAGAAAUUGGUUUGCUGGUCAUCUACGGUUGGAAUUGUUAUUGCUUUUUUUUUUCCUUUUUCUUUAUUGACAUUGCUUUUGUUGGAAUUUUAAUUUUUGUUUGUCCUUCAGCAUAUUAGAUAUCUAGGGAAAUUUAAUGUUGUUGCAAUUUGUUCUUUUUGU